CUACCCUCCAUACAAAAAUAAAAAACAGUAAAGAAUUCAUAAUAACAUUAAAUGAUAACAAUUAUUAUGGAAAACUUGUCACGACAAAAAUCAAAUUAUUUUAUUGGUUCUCUAGUAUAUUAUUGCAUGAAAAUUCAUCUUUAUGUAUCUCAGGAUUGGCUGCGUUAGUAUAAACAGUGAAUUUACUGUUGAAAAUGCAGCUAAAUCAUAACCUACGGGCAUAACAUACAAGCUUGGCUAUGUUUUGAUGUUGUCGAUUUACUUGAUGGAAGAGUUAAUUUUUUAAUUUGAAUUUGGGUACAGAAAAUAAAAUAUUCAUUUUUGACUCACUGGCUAAUACUCAAAUUGUUCAUUGAGCUUAUUUAAAUGUACACUAAAAAACCGUGACAGUUGACAAGUAAUUAUUGACAGAUCGUUGUUGAUUAAUAUUUAAAUUGUAGAUAAUUAUCAAUAAUGGACAACGAAGUUGAGUGUCCGAUUUGUGCAAAAAAGUUUUCUCAAUCCCUUAUCGAAAAUCAUGCUUCCAAGUGCUUAUUUUUGAAUGAAUCUACCUCAGAACCUCAGACAUUUUUCAAAAGACCACGAGUUGACAAUCAAUCCAAAGCAAAGAGUCCCAAUGUUGUUAAAAAGCUUAAAAAAAAUGUAAAUACAAAUUCAAGUCAAACACAGCUUUUUCUAUCGUCGUCGUCGUCAUCAUCGUCGUCGUCGACUGAUAAGCGUAGCUUUGUUGAUAAUAUUAUUGAUGAAUCUACUGAGGAAAAAUCUAAUAAGGAAAUUCCUGUUACUGUAAAGCCAAUAAAAAAACAAAGCCAUGUACCGCUUGCUGAACGAAUGAGACCAACAUCUUUUACCGAUUAUGUUGGGCAGUCUCAUGUACUUGGUGGACAAAGUAUGUUACUACAAUUAUUAAAUAAAGGCGAAAUUCCAAACGUAAUUCUCUGGGGACCGCCAGGUUGUGGUAAAACUUCUCUCGCGAAUGUAAUAGCAAAUAUGUGUAAAAAAGAUCCAACUGGUAAAACGCGAUACGUAAAAUUGUCAGCUGCAAUGUGUGGGGUGGCCGAAGUAAAAGAGGCAACAACAAUUGCCAGUAAUGAUUUAAAAUUUGGUCGGCGAACGGUUAUAUUCAUGGAUGAAAUCCACAGGUUUAAUAAACUCCAGCAAGAUAUUUUUUUACCUCAUGUUGAAUCAGGCACGAUAAAAUUGAUCGGAGCGACUACUGAAAAUCCAUCGUUCAGUCUAAAUUCUGCAUUACUUAGCCGAUGUCGAGUAAUUGUUUUAGAGAAAUUAACAAUAGCAAAUUUACUGAAUAUUUUAAAUCGCGCAGUAGAGUCGGUAGAGGGAGUAAUAUUCAAGGACAGUAUUGAUAUCAAUAGCUUAUCAGAAGUACCAAGGUUUUUGAUUGAUGAGAAAACUAUUGAAUUUUUAGCAGAAACUUGCGAUGGAGAUGCAAGGAUAGCAUUGGGUGGCCUAGAGUUGGCCAUUCAGUCUAUAGUACCAAAUGAAAAAGACUUUUUAACAAACGGCCCUGAAUUAAUAACGCUGGAAGACAUCAAGGAGAGCUUGAAAAAAACUCACAUGCUGUAUGAUAAAAAAGGAGAUCAACAUUACGAUAUGAUUUCGGCUCUACAUAAAUCUGUGCGCGCCAGUGAUGAAAACGCCGCACUGUACUGGCUCACGAGGAUGUUGGCUGGUGGAGAAGACCCUGUAUAUAUUGCUCGUCGAUUAGUGCGAAUGUCUUCGGAGGACAUUGGUCUGAAAGAUCCAAAAGCUUUAGGUAUAGCAGUUCACACUAUGCAUGCUUGUAAAAUGAUGGGAAUGCCUGAAUGUGAUGUUCUGCUAGCUCAAUGCGCUAUAUACUUAGCAAAAGCUCCUAAAUCACGAUUAAUGGAGGAUGCUCUUAGAGCAGCACAGCGGAUUGUAAAAGAUCAUAAAGGUCCACAACCUAGUGUACCUUUGCAUCUUCGAAAUGCUCCAACCAAACUUAUGGGAGAACUCGGAUACGGAAAAGGUUACAAUAUGAAGCAUCAUGAAGAUUCCGGACUGAGUUAUUUACCAGAAGGUUUAGAGGGUGUUGAUUUUUUCAACAGUGAAGAUCCACUAGAGGCUGAAUGAUUAUUAAUAUAAUUAAUGGCCAUAAAGGUA